AUGACAGCCUUCGGUGAGGUGAUUAGGCUUUGUGAAGCGUUUGUAGGGAACAUCCCCAACGAGCUGAUCCAUGCUAUUCUUGGUAUGCUGCGCCACACACCACCCGAAGUGACCUUUCUGCGGCGCGAGCUGUUCGUGGCUGUUCGUAUGAUCCUGGGUUCUGAUCUCCGACGCUCGGUGUUGCCUUUCCUGUCUCAGUUCUUCGACGAGUCCACCCUGUUUGGUGCUGGCUAUACGUCACACGAGACACUGAAAGGCAUUGUGUACAGCACGCUAGCAGAAAUCACUCACCACAUCCGCUCACUGUUGAACAUGGAGCAGAUGGCCAUGGCGAUUUUCAUGUUUGCACGGAAUAUCCACGAUGACAACAUGGGUGUUAACAUGCAGACCAUGUCGUGCAAGCUUCUGCUCAAUCUUGUGGACAGUAUUCGAAUGAAGACUGAAGGCACAAACUCGGGUAGAGAAUUACUACUGGUGUUGCUUGAGGCGUUUGUGCGCAAGUUCCACACGUUAGGAGAGUUUGAACUUCCGCGUGUCUUUGAGAGAGCUCGUGCUGAGAGUGCGGAGAACGAGGCAAAGCUGCUAGCGGCAGCAGCAACGUAUCGCCCGGAUGCCAACACGAUCAUCGUUUCUACAACUGUGCUGGCCAAGUCAUCUCGUUCCUGUGCUGGCCUGGACGCCGCUGCGCACUGCCUGUCUCUGUACAACGAGUUUCGUCACAUCCACGGUGCCAUCCUCAACCCACACGUACCCAUGUCACAGAUCAUCAAUGACUAUCGGUACAUUGUGAAGACGCUCAUCUGCGGUGUGAAGACACUGACUUGGGCGCUCACCACUGGCACUGGAGCUUGUGUGAAGUCGUUUGGUCAAAGAGAGUUGGAGUUAUACAAGAGACUCGUCAAGUACGGAUUUCGUGUUCUGGACAUUCACAUGUUGUUGCCUCUGCCAAACGGGACGGUGUCAAUUCGACCUGCCAACGUGACACAGGUGCGUAGCAAGGAGGAGAAGGAACUCUUGGAACAUUUCAUCGGAACGUUCAACAUGCUGCCGCUGCACGACUUCGUGGAUAUCAUCAGCGAUAAGAUCGAGUUCAUUGUCCAGCGUAUCCAGUGUAAUCAAGUCCUUCAGAUGAUAGCCAAUGGGUUUCUUGCGCAGUCCAACGUGUCCGCGGCGUUUGCGUCAAUUCUCAUCCGGCAUCUCCUGGAGCACAUUGAGGACAUGGGCAAGAAAGAGUUCCACGACCGCUCCAACCUGCAUCUGCGCCUGUUCAAACUUGUGUUCGGCUCCGUUUCUCUGUACCCGACUGAGAACGAGCAUAUGCUGAAGGUGAUACAUCAACUUGAUAUUGAGAUGGUUCUCAAGCCAAACCUUCACACACUGGUCAUGCGGAGCGUAGAGCUGAGUUUGACAUCAGAGGACCCGUAUAACUACCUGCUGUUGACGAGGGCACUGUUUCGGAGCAUUGGAGGAGGUACGCAUGACCUACUAUACCAGGAGUUCCUUCCUCUCCUUCCCACACUGCUGCGCAACCUGAACAAUUUGUUUGGCGGACAGCAUCAGCAACACAUCAAGGACCUCUUCAUCGAGCUGUGCCUCACAGUUCCUGUUCGCUUGAGCUCCCUGCUUCCCUAUCUCCCUCUAUUGAUGGGACCACUGGUGGCUGCCUUGAAUCGCACACCCACGCUAAUGAGUCAGGGGCUACGUACGCUCGAGCUGUGUGUGGACAAUCUCAACCCGGAGUUUCUCAUGGACCACAUCAGUCCGGUCAAGGCGCGCCUGUUUGAGGCACUGUGGAACAUCGUACGAGACACUAACGACCAGUUGGCAAUGUCUGCGAUAAAGCUGCUAGCCAAGUUCGGCGGCAUGAAUCGGCGUACGCUAAACCAGACGGCGCUCAAGUACAGAGAGGACGGUGACAUUGGCCCCUUGUUUUCUAUCAGCUUCAAUGGCACAUCCAAACUGGUUCAUCUACCCAUGGGAGAGGCUGUCGGCACGGCACUAUUGUUGCUGAAAGACACCAAUGCCGAGCCCCACUAUCGCAAGCAAGCCUGGCUGCUUAUUCGGGCGUACAUUGCCGCUACUCUGAGUGACCUUGAGAGCAAGGACCGCUUGUUACAGGCAUUGAAGGCGAUCAGCAUUCCCGAGACAUUUGCACCGGAUGUGGAUCUAUUCGACACCCUGGAUGGUCAACAGAAAGCCGCUGUCCAGACGUUACGCAGAGCUGUGUCCGGUGUUAUACUGGCUGCUGCCAACUCCAGUGACUUGUCAGCCGAGAUUCGCCAGGAGUGCACCGAGAUCAUUCGCCAUUUCAUACUGCUGAUUAUUCUGCAGCAAUGUGGUUCUCCUGCGAUGCUGUCCAACGCCAUUAUCCGCCAGAGGUGUCUUGCCAUUGACCCGAUGGUGGUGAUAGACGGAAUCGUCGAGGUCAUCUCCAAAGAGGACAAGGAGAUUGAGAAGAUCUGCGACUUUGCGUUCAAGAUCGUCCUGCAGACGGUCACAAGCGUGUUUGGACAUGUGGCAAUCUCGCUGCCUCUGUUCUCAGCUCUGGGUGAGAAAGUGGCCAGUUUGUGUUUCAGACGCUCUUGGUAUGCCAAGAAUGGCGGCUGCUUCACAAUCUACUGGCUUGUUGAUGAGAUGCCGCUGGCGUGGCUGCUGCAGCAUGAAGUGCCUUUCAUCAAGGCUCUCUAUUUUGUCAUCUUGGAUUUGCAAGGAGAGGUCGCCGGUGCCACGGUUUCACAAGCCGAGAAGUCUCUGGAGGCGCUCGUACGCAAGUGUCACACCACUGUCGUUUCUGCUGAGGAUACACUGCACAUUAAACAGUGCACUGCGUUAGCUGGUGCUACUCAGUAUUUCAUCAAUGAGAUCACGUCUUCAAGCAAGACAGGACGGAAGGUGUCUCAGAAGAUGAUCCGGGUGAUAGCAGAGCUGAGUGGAAAAGACACUGUAGAUGUCAUCUCACCUCACAAGGAGCUUCUAUCCCAGAAGGUACCACCUGCAAAGUUCCAGCUACGUAACCAGCCACUUCGUGCGCAGAUUGGUUUGCUGGAUGGCAACACGUUCUGUCUCAACCUUCGGCCACGCAUAUUCUUUAUCGACAUGGAUAAUACUGCUCACCAAACAUUUAUCAAGGAGUUAAAACAUCUGUGUGAAGAUGAUGAUGCUACACUGCGCAAGAACCCUUGCUACAAGACUGGAACCUCACUGGUGGAAGUGAGGAUUGCGGCCUUGAGAGCACUGGCAUCUUGUGCUGAUGUACCUCAACUGACAGCCAGUGUCUUUACCAUACUACUUCAGGCGUUUGCCGGUGGUAGUAAGGAGAUGCAGGCAAUGCAGCAAGUUGCCGUCACCCUCAUGCAGGAGUACAUUGGUAAAUAUGCGUAUGAUAUUGAACAAGUACAGAUGCACGCACAGCCCAUCAUGCUCAAGGUCUCCGACAAUCGCAGCAGUAAUCUGCAGAUCAUCAACCGAUUACGCUGGAUAACGCAUGUCUUCCCCAAGGUGUUCACAGACAGCUUCUGCGAGCUUAUGUUGAACAACUUGAAGAAGUGGCUUGAGAUUGCAUGCUUUCACAGCAGUAAGCAGUUCCAGCAAGAGAUUGCGUUCCGCGCACAAUCUCACGCUCAACAACAGCAGAGCAAGGAGAGUCUAGCAAACAAUCGCAGAUCCAUCGAGAGCAAUGUGGAGAGCGAAUUGAGGUGCUGCCACGCAUUCGUCAUGCUGCUUUCCGAGUGCCGGAAAAUGCCGCAGAAGAUGCUGGAGCAUCUGCUCAGCAUGCUGUUGGCCGGCAUAGCCAAGACGCGGUCUGUUCACGUGCCUGGUCUGCUCAUCGAGCCGCUGUUCACGCUACUCGAGCGCUUCAAGGCUAUGGUGCAAAACUACUUUGUGGCCAAUCUGCACGACAUGGUGGUGUCGCGCACUUUCUUGCAUCUUCUUCAACACGAGAAAGGCGUUGAGUUACGUACAUUUGUGGAGGGCAAUGUCGCAACUAUCCUGCAGCAUCUAACGGUGAAAGCUGAGGACCGACCGAGUCUGGAUUUGCGUUCGGCACACGCGCUCGCAGUGCGCAUUAUCAGAGUGGUUGGACGUGCCAAUGAGAAAUGGCUCUCCACUCAACAUAAACUGAUCGCCAGCCUGCGUGGCAUGUGGGAUCAGCCUAGUGUUCAGAGUUUGCUUCAGAAGAGAUGUGAGUUUGUGGCAUGUGAUCGAUGGGUGGAGCCCAAGAGAAUAGCAAAGUGCAUCCUGCAGUAUGUCAAAUACAAUCCAGGCUUGGUAGAAGCUCUAUUUCCAUUGCUACGUGCCGUUGAGUCUCGGUCGAUUGUUAGCUAUCACUUCAUCAGCUCCUUCAUCGAUGAGGUCAUCGUGCAGGGCUAUACGGUUGAGCAGCGGCGUGAUACUUACUUCAAGUUCCACCGUGUCUACCAUGAUAGCAAGUACUCAAUGGAUGUCAAGUGUUCGAUUCUACAGCACAUCAUCAUACCAAUGUUUCACUACUCGUUCCACAAUGGAGUAGUUGAUGAGCUUCUGGGUGGACCGCCGGACCCUGAUGGUGAUGACGAGAAGAACAUUGUGCACCAAUUCUUGCUGCAUGUCAUGUUCCAGGAGGGUCUGCCAGCACCAUCUGAGUCGAUGACAAUCUUCCUGCAGCAGUUUGCCACUCUGCUCAUACAGUAUGCACCGCAGCAUAUCCACGAUACCAACACCAAGGUGAAGCAUGGCUCCAAGCUGAAAACUCUGAUGAGUCUGGCGUGGCCGUGUCUUGGAAAUCGCGUUGCCGUCGACCCCAUUGCCAAGUUCAACGGGCACAUGCUGUUUGCUAACUGCUUUCUACAGUUUGCUGUGCAUAAGAAGAUACCACUACAGAUGUUCCAUUGCCUACUUCAAGCUAACGGCGUGGAAGGUCGCGGGACGGUCAAGAAAGUGAUUGAUGUGCUGACCCCAGCAUUGCCCGUCCGUAUUGAUGAUGGUCGGUCAUUGAUGGUUCAUUGGACUAAACAAGUUCUUGUUGAGGAAGGCCACUCUGCGCAGCAACUUGUUCAUGUUCUCAAUGUUAUCUGUCGCCAUCAUGUCAGCUACUUUCCAGCCCGCCACAGCUUGGUGCAGCAUCUCCUUACUGGUGCUCUGCGCUUGGCGUUUGGACCAGCGGAGAAGAACAGAUUCAAUGAGUACAAGGCCACGUUGGAGAAUCGUCGCAUUGCCUUGGAAACUAUCGAAACUGUUUACAACUGGGAGCGCCUGCACAUCGAUGCGGUGGAAGCAGAAGCAGCAGCAGCCGAAGCACCUAUGGCUACAGGUGGAGACAGGGAAGCAAGUACUGAAACGUCGUCAGAUGUCGCAACGGCAGUGCCAGCUAGGAGACCGUCAGAAGGCGCUGCAUCGGAAGCCAAGAAAGCUAAGCCUUCAGAACCGUCCGAAGGUGGCUUUGAGAAGAAGUUCUCGGAUCAACUGGUGAACUUCCUCAUUCGUCUGUCUUGUUUGGCUGGUGAUGCAACAACAGCCACAGGCGGCUCUAGUCGUGAUGGUGCCUCCUCCUCGUCAACAGCAAGUUCUUCCAACUCUGCUAGUGCAGCCGGGGGACUCAGUGCUUCAUUACCAAGCAGUGGAGGGAGUCACAUGAUUAUGCAGCUCUCAUCAUCAUCAGCCAUCACGCCGGCGGAGUUUGCUCGCAGAACCCACGCACUCCUUAGCAAGUGCUUGAAGCCCUCCUUCUGGCAAGAUGCUGUAAUCAGCAUGCAACCCAUUGAACAUGCUUUCAGUAGCAUGGCCGACACAGUCAGUAGCGUACUGAACGUGUGCUCAGCACUGGAGGUAGUAACAUUACUACUUGAUGCACUGCCACGCGUACAAGUACUUGCUCAUUUCAAGGCAAUCUCGGCCGGUGUGAUCAGCUGUAUGUCCAGUACUAACAACAAGAUUGUCAAGUCUACGCAGCAGCUGAUGGCCAGGCUCACCACCCUGUUUCCCAUUGAGCCCCUGACCACUGGUGCAGCAUCUAAAUACGAGGAACUGGAAGAGCUGUAUACCAAAGUCUCUGUCGUUGUGACGGAGGGCUUUGGUCGAUACGACCGGCUACGAGAUGAGGAGGUAGCGCGAGCAGCCUCCACCCCGCCGAGUGCACGUCCAGAGACCCGCAAUGUGAGCACAGUGCAAAUGCACGCUACCCUACAGCUGCUGAAGGCGGUAUGUUCAAGCAGCAAUGUAUACGUAGACCGGUUCAUACCCGUGGUCAUACGCGUGCUGGGACGCAUGCAGAAGGACCACAUUGAUCCGGCCAAGGCAACCGACACAACAUUGCCCGAGCAGAUUGGCGUUGCUAUUGAUCUCCUGAAGCUUCGCCUUGUUGUUAUGAAUCCUGAACAAAGGAAGCAAUACUUGCAAUGUGUGGCUACGCUUAUCGAGAAAUCGCCGGAUAUCAAGCUAGUUCGGUCGAUCAGCACCAUUGUUGAGGAGUGGAUAUCCACAAAGUCAAGUGGUCAGUCUCCGACGGCCCGUGAAAAGGGUUUGCUAUUGUCAAGGCUCAUGGCGUGUCAGGAGAAACGCUUCUCGGCCGACACGGAGUUUGUCAGCCAGUUUCUUGAUCUGGUCGCUUUGGUGUACAGAUCUGAGACCUCCAGCUCAGGUUCAGAGCUAGCCAGCAAGUUAGAGCCAGCUUUCCUGGCUGGUCUGCGCUCCACACAGCCACAGAUUCGAUCUCGCUUUUUUGAGCUGUUCAACCAGACCAUUCCUAGUCGACUGUAUGAACGUCUAUUCUACAUAUUGUGUACUCAGGACUGGUCGGCGAUGGGCAGCCACUUCUGGAUCAAGCAGUGUGUGGAGCUUGUACUAAGUACAGCACACAAGGACAAGUUUGCAGUGCUGGUGUCUGAUGCACUCAAACUGCCAGCCGCCGGAAUGUCCAAUGUCUUUGUACCAUCUGGAUGUCGUAUCACCCCACUUGGCUCUCCGCUCGUGAAACACGACACAGCUAUGGACAGUGAGGACAAGAAACCAGCUACAGUGCAGAGUCGAAAGUCCACCAAGACCUUAUCCGUGCCGCCCGCUCAAGAUGUGCCGCCAGCAGCAGCAAAGGUAGGCAUUGAAAUGCAUGACUUGGUUGUGUGGGUCACGAGGCUUGAGAGCGCGCGCUAUGUGCAUCUUCUGCAGCAUGUGUCGACCAACACGCCACGUGACAUACCCAUUGCCUACCGGCACGGUUCUGUCCGGUGGCAAUCGCAGCUGUUCGUCGAGGUUCUCCUGCAGGUUCAAGGCGUAUUGGCGACGAUGACCGUGUUUUGCGCUCCACUUUUCCAGUUCACGUACACGAUCAGCCCUUUCGAUGAGCUGAAAGCAGCUGCCCUUGGCCUAUGGGGAGUGCAAGCUGGUGACGGCGAAGACGAACUCUGUGAACUGCGACUGGACGUCGUGGAGGUGGCAUCUCUGAGCUCGCUCAUCGCUAAUGCGUGCAUGCGAAUCUCCCACAAGCAGGGUGCUAGUUUUGCUGGUGGGGUUACCUUCACACGUAGCUACUGCACUAGGUCAUGA